CACUCUUACACCCUAGAAUCUGACCAGCGGGCUCUACCGAUCAGAGGAGGCCUGGCCGGCCAAAACCGAGCCAUGGCCGGCGGCGGGACGGGGUGGCCCAUGGCCCGUGUGCCUAGGGGAGGCCGCGGCACAGGGCCUCGCGGGGGCAGCCGUAACGAGCGCGACGGCGGCGGCUCGGCCGGCACUGGCGGUGCGAGGAGCAGUCAGGGAACAGGCUGGGGAGGAUGAGAACUCACCGGUGGUCCCAUUGUUCGGGUUGAGUGGUGAGAAGGACCGGUGGAGCGGGUCGACGUGCGGGGCGCGCGGAGCUCGACCGGCGUCAUGGGCGGCCGGGUGGUGGCGGGGCCGAUUUCGGCCGAGGAAGGCUCAGUCGGCGGCAGGACGGGGCUGCCGUGGCCAGCGCGCCCAGGGGAGGCCGCAACCCAGGGCCUUGCGGGGGCGGCCCGCGACAAGCGCGCGACGGCGGUGGCGCGGCCCUGUUCCGGCGCCGACGGCGCGAGGGGCGGUGAGGGAACGGAUCGGGAGGAGCGGAUCGACGGCCAGAGAUGGCCGGAGCGGCGGCGGCAGUUCGGCUCGGUCCAGCCCGAGCAAGAAGAAAGCUUAGGGGGAGCUCUGGAAAAGGUAUGCGUUUUAUUUUUUCUUGAGAGUAAAAGAGAAGACAUCGAUAGCCGGCACAGCCUCACAGGCCCAUCCGUCCAUAUGGACCAAGAUAUCUGGUUGUUUAUUGAGAGAGCCCAAAUCCGUUCUGCCAUAAAUGGGCCAAGCUCGUCCUACAACAUAGGCCCAGCAUCAUAA